AUGAAAGAGAGAAAGGGGUGGUCGAUCACCGUCCCCGACCUCUCUGGCUCACCUGUAGCUGCUGCAUCAACGGUGACACCAUUUGUGCCAUCGCUUGGCACCGAUAGGGUGAGCCGAUCUAAUCCAGGAGCAUGGCUAAUUCUUCGACACAGCCACAGCACUUGGAAGCCUUGGGGCCGCCUGGAGGCCUGGAGGGAGGGCAAUGGUGGAGACCUCCUAGGCUACCGCUUCGAACUCAUCUCUGAGGGUGGCAUAGACACUACACCACUAGCCAAUUCAACGAUUAGUGCGAAAAAUGGGUCCGGUUCCGGAACAGAUUUUGGAUCCACAACAGAAUCCGGAUCUUGGGCACAUAUGUUUUACAGAGACUUUGUUAUGUCAGCUACAGUCGAGGGCGAUGGUAAAUGCAGCCAACCAGAGGUGGAACUUGGGAUGCAACAAAUUACGUGA